GCUGUCACCCGCUAUCCAGAGGGAGCACCGAGCUAGCCGCCCGGAUACAGAGCGCGGCCUGCGCCCCCAGGGAGGCCGGUGGGGCCCCGUGCUGUCCGCCAUGUCCAGCGAGGAGAGCUACCUGGCCAUCCUGCGCUAUCUGACCAACGAGCGGGAGCCCUACGCUCCGGGCACCGAGGGCAAUGUCAAGCGCAAGAUCCGCAAGGCCGCCGCCUGCUACGUGGUGCAAUCCGGGACCCUGUACUACCAGCGGCGGCAGCGGGACAAGGAGCGCUUCACCGAGCUGGAGGUGGUGCUGCAGCCCGAGCGCAGGAAGGGGCUGAUAGAAGCGGCGCACACCGGGGCGGGAGGGGAGCACCUGCCCCGGCAUCAGACAUGGCACAACCUGUCCCAGACCUACUGGUGGAGGGGUAUCUUAAAACAUGUGAAAGAUUACAUUAAGGAGUGCUCGAAAUGCCAGGAAAAGCUAGACCGAUCUCGUUCUGUGAACGAUCCUUCAGAUAUGUUAGAAGAACUUGGUAUAGAGAUUCGAUCGGAUGGCAAUGACACAGAUGAUGAACAGAGCAGUUCUGCCCCCAGUGCAAACCUUGUUGCAAAAGCUGCUAAAAAGAAGCCAGUGGCAAAACACGAAUUAGUAUUUGUUGAUAGCAAGGGAAUUGUAAAGCAGUCCUCUUCUAAACAUGGCCAAAAAGUCUUAGACCAGCUGAACCAGCAACGCCUUUCUAAUCAGUUCUGUGAUGUUACGCUCCUCAUAGAAGGAGAAGAAUUUAAAGCACAUAAGUCUGUGCUGGCUGCUAGCAGUGAAUAUUUUAGAGAGCUCUUCAUUGAAAAAGGAGCUGUUUCAAGUCAUGAAGCUUUAGUCGAUCUUUCAGGAUUCUGCAAGUCCAGCUUUCUCCCAUUGCUUGAAUUUGCUUACACAUCUGAACUAAGUUUCGAUUUCUGUACCAUGGCUGAGAUUGCUGUUCUGGCUCGACAUCUCUAUAUGUAUGAAGUAUUGGAAGUCUGUGAAUCUGUUCACAAGCAGAUGGAAGACAAACAGCUCAUGCUAUACCAAAAAGGCAAUGUGCAGACUGUUGCAUCAGAAAAAAGCUUACUGAGUGACCAUGCAGCAAAGCCUGUGGAAUUAGUAUCUGAUACAGCCUCUUUACUGGCUAAUGUGCUGGAUGGAGAUCAGGCAUCUGUUGUGGUCAAACAAAAUGUAAAAUGUGCAGUUGCAGCACAGACAGAAACUCUGACCGUUCAAAGCACAACUCCUAAUCUAGAUGGAUUAUCUCAGUUGUCUAUGGACUCUACAGUGGAGCUUGUUAGUGAAAGUGAACUUCCCAUCAGCUCCUUGACUGGCACCACUGCAAUUUAUAUUUCGGGUGUGGACUCAGACCUCAACCCAGCAGUCAUCAUUCCAGCAGUACUAAAUGUAUCUGCAGAGACAUCAGAGACUGAACAAACUGUGUGUACCACUCCAGAACUUUGCGUAUCGUCUGCAUCUACAGAUAACCAAACAAAUUCCUAUAUUGACAGUGUGAGCGAGUCUCAUGAUAUUUCUGACUCACACAUACUCACCAGUUGUGUUGGUGAAGUCAAAGUAACUGCAGAUCACAUGCAGCCAGACACUGCUUUUAAUGAAUCUGGUUUCACAAGUGUGCAGUUGGAUGAACAGUGUAAAGAGACUAAAAGUACAGAAUCCUCUUCCGUCUUUGCUCUAGAGAAACCUUGUGUUGAUCAUGUGGGAACAGUGCCAAAAUCAAAGAGCAGAGACCUCCCUAAACGGAAACGUGGUAGGCCUCCAAAGUCCACAGUAAUGGGACAGAUCAUUAAUAGUGCCAACCCAGAGAAUUCAACAUCCGAUGACAGUCCUUAUAAAAGUAAACUGCGAGACCGAUUGGUAGGGGAAGGUGGAUAUGUCCAGAUGCACAAAGGCCAGGAAAAGAAACUCUCUAAUCGAAAAGCAAACCCUAAAUCUGCAGUUCAACAGGCUGCCAUGAAACUGGUGCAGCGAGGUAAAAAGAGAAUAAUUGCCCCCAAAAGUGAAGGGCCCAAUGUGGAAGCAGAACACAAGUGUAAUGAAUGUGGACUGCUUUUCCAGCGACGUUAUGCUCUUAUAAUGCACAGCAUGAAGCAUGACAAGAUAAAAAAAGAAUUCAAGUGUCCAUUGUGUACAAAAGAAUUUCAAUACAAGGCAUCUCUGCGUGCUCAUCUCAUUAGACACACCCGCAAGCCAGACAUCUGCGUUCCUGAACCAGAAGUGGAAGGGCCCACAAAAAGGCAAUUUAUUUGUGACAUCUGUGGACGGACACUACCGAAACUUUAUUCUUUGCGACUGCACAUGCUCAGACAUACGGGAGUGAAGCCACAUGCAUGCAAGAUAUGUGAGAAGGCAUUUACUCACAAACAUGGCUUAAGGAUGCAUCAAGCCUUACAUGAAUCCCAAAAGCAGUUCAAAUGUGAAAUGUGUGAUAAGUCGUUUGUAACAAAACGCAAUCUCCAGGAACACGUGAGCACUCAUACAGGAGUAUCCAAAUAUCUUUGCUCUAUAUGUGGAAAGGCUUUCCACAGAGCAUCAGGUCUUAGUAAGCAUAUAAGGAAGCACAAGCCAAGAGUUGAGAAUCGUGGAUUUCACUGUACACAGUGUGAUAAGAGUUUCUUUGGCUCCAGGGAUCUACAACAACACAUGAAUAAGCACCUUGGCGUAAAGCCAUUUGAAUGUGAAUUUUGUGGAAAGUGCUACAGUUGGAAAAAAGAUUGGUAUUCGCAUGUAAAAUCUCACUCUGUUACUGAACCCUAUAAAUGUAAUGUUUGUGGGAAGGAGUUCUUUGAAAAGUCUCUAUUCAGAAGGCAUGUAAAUAAGGCUACACAUGGGAAGAAAGGGAGAACAAAGCAAAAUGUGGAGAGAGUCUGUGAACACUGUGGAAAAACAUUCACUCAGUUAAGAGAAUACAGAAGACACAUUAACAAUCAUGAAGGGGUAAAGCCGUUUGAAUGUUUGACAUGUGGAGUAGCUUGGGCAGACGCUCGCUCUCUGAAACGCCAUGUAAGGACACACACUGGAGAGCGGCCCUACGUCUGUCCUGUGUGCAAUGAAGCCUAUAUAGAUGCACGUACAUUACGCAAGCACAUGACCAAGUAUCACAGUGAUUAUGUACCUUGCAAAAUUAUGUUGGAAAAGGAUACUCUACAAUUCCAUAACCAGGGAACACAGGUGGAGCACGCUGUCAACAUCCUGUCCACUGAUUUACAGGAGCCGCAUGCUGAUGUUGUAACAGAAGAGAUUGAGACAGUAUUGGUUUCUGGAGACACAAUUGAAGCCAUCGAAGCAGUAUCUGAUGCCCAGGAAUGUACGGGUGUUGCUACACUGUCAGACCAAAGCAUCAUGCAAGUAGUAAAUUAUGUACUGGCCCAGCAAGGGCAAAAAAUUGGGGAUGUGACUGAACAGAACAUAGAGACAGUAGAAGUGGAGGUUGACAACAUUUCAGAGGAAGUUUAAUCUUGAAAUGCCUGUGUUAAUCUGGAUUUGUAUAUAUCUGUACUGUAUAUUAUAGCACUUAUCCAGAACCCUUAAGUGCUGCUGGCAAGUACUGAUGCUUGUUCGAUCUCUUUGGAUGCAUUCAUUAAUGUGAAGUAUAUGCUUUGACACUUUUUUUCCUUAUAAUCCCUCAUUUCCCAUGUACAUUAUCUCAUGCUAAUGACUUUGAAGUACUAGUUAUAAAACGCUAUUACAAUUUGUUAUUCUAUUGCAUUUCUUAGGCUAAAAGUGUUUUUGGCAUUUACUCUUUAAUGAGAAGAGAAUGAAAAUAAAAACAAAAUUGUUUUCAGUCUAAAA